AGAUAAGCGUCUGGGCGUGUCCUCAGGUCAAAGUUCGUGUUGAGAUCUAGGCGGGAGAAUCAAAGAUGGCAUCCAAACGGAGUUUGUACAAACCUGCUCCGGAGGAGAGCUCUGCUGGGGCCAAACACAGGAGACCCCUGGCACAAGGCCGACUGGCUACAGCUGAACCUGCCCCAGCUGUCCCACAUGUACCACAGGAGCAAAUAGCACAAGCUCAAACUGUAGGCUCAAGAAAUACUGCGGACCUCACAAGACAAGCAUUGUCCUACAGACAGUCAGGAACAGAUGACACCAUCAGUAGGGAAGACAUGUACAGCACUCCCAGGAGGAAUCCGCCCAGAGGCAGCAUGUCCCCCGCCCGACCCAAGCCAACCAUGACAGAUGAACUGGCAGUGUCAGACCUGGAGUCCUCCAGCGGGGGAAAUGGGUCAACACAGAGUAAGGACUCUGCCCCGGUGCUGUACGUUGACGCCAGUCGAGGUCCCAAGAGUCCAGAGAACACUGAGGUGGACAUCGUGACGUCCGUUGUCCAGUCUCCCAUCAAGGUGGUCUGUCACACACCUGCGGCCGUCCAGUCAGACAUCAGAAAUACCGGUGAUCCCAGGCAGACUGCCAAGGUAAACGUAGAUGCAGUACCAUCAGUGCUGCUAGAGGGAGACACUGAUCACACCAUGGGUAUGACUGAUCUUCAGCAGUCUGUCCCCAGACACAAGAUGCCACUUGUCAUCAGAGAAAAGGACAUCGCAGGGGGCGCUGUUGACCCCUUCUCCUCCUCUCGUCCUGUGGAGGUCCCUGAAGCAGACACAGACGAGGUGCCAGUCAGGGACUCAGACUCCCUCUCUGUCAGACCCAAAAUCAGACAACAGAAACAACAUGAUUCUGUGAAGGAUCAAGGAAGUUCAACUGCUGUUAGUGUAACAGAUUCACAAAGGGAGCAGCCAACAAAGAAGAAAAAGAAACCCAAAGGUAUUAUUGUUGAGUCCCGGUACAUGCAGAAAGCCAAAGCUGCAGUACUUCCUGACAAACCCAAGAUUGGCAAGAGUACACAAUCCUCUGCUGUUCAAACUCCUAAACCAGCCCCCUCCCGGACAACAAGCACUGCUAAGAGGAAGGUCGCACAGAGUUCAUCCUUCAGCAGAGAUAAGUCUGUGAGGAAGGAAUCACAGCAUGGCUCUACACCGAUACUUGCUGGAAACAAGAGGCCGACAUCGACACCAGUCGUUGCUGGCAGUAAGAGGGCAGCGUCGACACCCAUGGGCGGGACCCACCCCCACACCCCGGGCUCCAUGACCCUGGGGGACAUCUCAGCCAUCCCCACCGCAGACAGCAUACUAGUUGCACCCUCAACAGCUACAUCUGCAUCAAAAGGGAAACCUAAGAAAAAGGCCAGUACUGAGGUGACCCAACACCAGCUGGACAUGUGGUACAUCAGGUACCUGCAGUGGCUCUAUAUCAGCUCCAAGAUGGAAAAAGAUCUCAAGGAGAAAGAGAAACAAUCAUCACAAUACUGCUAUGCACUGUGGGAGAAGAAUGAAGACCUGAGGAAGAAGAUCACAGAGGGCAAGCAGCGUAUCCACUGUCUGAAGUACCAGAACCUGUUGGACAGAAUGCUGAAGAUGCAGGAAGCAGCACUACAGCCUCUGGUAGACAGUGCUCCCAAGAUGCAACAGGACUACAGUGAGUUUGCUCAUGCCUUGGAUACCACGAGGCACCACCUAGCAACCAUCUCUGUAUCUGAUGAUGUCGACAAUGAAGAUUAUAUCAAAAAGCUGUAUGAGUCUGUGAAUGAGAUAGAGCAGUUACUCGGGCAGCUGAGUGUCAUGACUAGCAGACAGCUGCCCAAGGUCACCAAGUUCUCCAAGGAGUUGGAAGAACUGCAGAAGACAACAUCAGCAGAGGGGGUUCUACUCAAAAGGAUGGAGGAGCUGGUGGCUGCAGCAGAGACCAUCAUGACCCAGGAGGUGUCACUGAUCUCACAGGAGGUCCAGCUCAACAGGGCAGGGGAGUCCAGCAGUGACCUCACUUCACAGGGACUUUUAUAACAUGGAGGACUAUAUUUGUAUUUGGACUAAAGCAUUAAACUAAAUGUACAUGCAUAUUAUGAGUGUGGAGCAGACUCUGAAGUAUCACAUUGACUUCUAUAUGUGAAAAAAAACCCUGUUGAUAGACAUGAUAAAAAUGGCAGACAUGAUACAAUACAUGGGUAUAAAAUACCGUGUUGAAUAGAAAGCAAAGAGAAUAUAUCUGCCUGAAUUACAUUUUGUAUUUUCCGAAUGUCUGAGACAGUGCACAUGUAAUCUUUUUCGAUGAUUUGGAUGUGUACAGGGACAUUUUGUGUCUAUGCCAACUAAUAAAUACUGCAGAAUGAAAUGACAA